AUGGAAGAUGAUGCCUGGCAGCGAGAAUGUGUUAUGGACGUAACACCAGGCGGCAAUGAGACUUGGGUAACAGAGUGCGACCCCAACAUCAAGCCGGCACAAGGUCAAAUUUUUAACAACUUAGACGACGGUAUUGAAUUCUACAUGAAGUAUGCAUAUAUAGCUGGCUUUGAUGUGCGGCGAAGUUCUGACAAGAAGAACAGGUAUGGGGCCAUUUUGAGGAAAAAGAUGGUUUGUUCACGUGAAGGUUUUAAAGAAACCAAAAACACAGGGUCGGUUGUUAGUGAUGCACCAACCAAGGCAAGACGCCGGCGGCCCUCAACAAGAGUUGGGUGCAUGGCUAGGAUUGUAUUCAAACGAGACAAGACGGGACGGUAUGUUGUGACGACAUUCGAAGAGGCACACACGCACUGUUUGUGCGAGGAGAGUUACAAGCCUUUCUUGAAAGUGAAUAGGAAAUUAGAUGUUGGUCAUCAACAGUUCAUAACAAAUUGCUCAAAGGUUAAUGUCGGUGCCAGUAAGAGCUUUGACAUAUACGCAGAGAUAGUCGGCGGAGUUGAGAAUGUGGGUUGUACGCAGCAAGAUUUCAAGAAUUACCGAAGGGAAGUGUUGGCAUACAUGCAAGGUAGAGACGCACAAAUGGUAAUAUCAAAAUACCUUGAUAUCAAAUUUGACUACAGUGACAUGUACUUCGAAUACGAAGCAAACGAAAAAGAUCAAUUGGCACGUGUGUUUUGGGCAGACGGUGUGGCACGGAAAAAAUUCUGUGCGUUCGGAGAUGUCGUAUCAUUCGAUGCAAUGUACAAAACAAACAGGUACAGUCUCGUGUUUGUCCCAUUCACAGGCGUAGACAACCACAAAAAAUGCGUGACAUUUGCCGCAGCACUAAUUGCUAGGGAAGAUGUGGAAUCGUAUUGUUGGGCGCUGAGGCACUUCAAGAUCGCAAUGGGCAGCAUACCGCGUAUUACAGUAACCGAUCAAGACCCGGCCAUGAAGGUAGCAAUUACAAAAGAAUUCCCGGAGACCCGACACCGUUAUUGCAUGUGGCACAUAAUGACGAAGGUGAGUGAUAAAGUGAGCCCAGAUUUGGCACGAAACGAAGAAUUCCGAAGGGAGCUAAAUGAUGUAGUGUGGAAUGACAGCGCGAGUUCGGACUAUUUCGAAGUCGCGUGGAAAGGAGUUAUUGAAAAGUACGAAUUACAAGAAAAUGCAUGGCUGAAGCGUAUGUACGAGGAGCGUGAGAAAUGGGUGCCUGCAUGUUUUGAAAACGUGUUUAUGGGCAGACUACUCCGUACAACAUCCCGGUCUGAAGCAGAAAAUAGAAUUUUCCGAACCAACACAAACAAACACAUGUGUCUUUCGGAAUUUUUCAUCCGGCUCGAGAGUACAAUUAGAAAGCAACGAAUCACAGAGGCGGAUCUUAUUGGGGCUUGCAACGCACAAACACCCCCGUUCAAAACGCAACUGCGAAUAGAGCAAGACGCAGCGGCACAGUACACAUUAACCGUGUUUUACGAGGUACAAGAUAAUAUAUGCGCCGGAUGUUUUGAUUGCCGAGUGCGUUCUGUCAAACAUGAAGGCCCAGUAGGCACGUAUGUGGUUGAAGAUGAAUACAACAAGAGAUUCACGGUAAUAGUAGAGAAUGGGACAAACACAACAACCUGCACUUGCCGAAUGUACACACGGAUUGGUUUGUUAUGCAGUCAUGCUUAUGCGGUGCUAAUCUACGAACGGAUCGAGCAGACACCUCCCCAACAUAUCAACCCACGAUGGACAAAAACAGCAUUAAAAAACACAAAAGGAGUGGGAAAUGAUAGUCUGCAACAUGCUAGGACUUCUUCAACCAACAGUACCAAAGAAAGCACCAUAAUUAAUUUGUUAUACAGAUGCCUAGGUCUAGCACAAGGAGACAGAUCGAAGUUGGAGCCGAUUCGAAAAACACUAGAGGAUUUCGAAGCAACAUGGUCCGAGCGCGGGAGAGAACGAGGGGGUCUAGAUAAAGGGAAACAAGUGAUUAUGGAGUCAUAUUGUGGCGUCCCAGAACCUGUGGAAGUCAAUGUGCACCCACCACCCGUUUCAAGCAACAAAGGGUCAGGAAAACGAAUGAGGAGUGCUAAAGAGAUAGCAAUGAAAGAGCAAAGUAAGAAGAAACGGACAUGCAAGACCUGUGGACUAGCAACCGGCCACAAUAGUAGGAGUUGUCCACAAAAAUAA